UUUUUUUUCUCAUAUAUAUAUAUAUAUAUAUAUAUGUAUAUAUAUUAUUAUUAUUUUUUUUUUUUUUAGCUUCUCUGGUCACGUCCGUGUGUUAGUGUAGUGCCUUUUUUUUUUUGAUCUUAUCUCCAGGCGGGUCAGAAUAUAAGACGAGUCUCACGUGGUGAACUUGACGGUGGCGCAACCAGCGCAGAAAAGUAGUAUAUCUCUUUGAUGCGUGUGUAUGUUUUCGCUUGCCCGUUCGAGAAGGGUUGAACCAGUCGACGGUGCAAUCUCAGGCGAAAUUUGCGCUGGACAGGGUACAGCUGGUUCCUGCGCGGCACUUGCAGGCUGGGGACGAGGCGGUGGAAUCCAGGAUUGUAGCGGUCAGAAGCAGCAGAGAAAAGCAGAGAAUUAGAGCGAAGGAUGCAGGAAAAAGAAAUUGUAUUGAAAUAAUAACCACUGGUGGAAAAGAUUAUUCCAGCGAUGGUUACAAGAAGAGACAGAAAAGGAAA